AUGGUCACGAAAAGCUAUCCACAGCAAGUCGAUGUUCCCGAUCGCUACGGCCAACCGUGGCCGGGCGCCUGUGCUCCAAUGCAGCCAGGAUGUCAUCCUACACUACAGUGGCCAUUUAAGAAGGCAGCCACCUCAUACAGCCACCUCAUACCUCACAGCAACAAAGACCGGGUGCUUGAUCCAGGUUAUACUUCUCGAGGGCACUGCGCGAAACCGCCUUUUGGCUAUCCACUUCGAGCACAACCAGCGCAACCUCCUCGGCUUGACAUGGCUGAUGCAGCCACUCCGCUAUGCAUCAAGGUAGGUGUUAUUGAUGGUGCGUCCGCGCUUCUCCGACCUGUUCGACAUUACCUGGCAUCCAGCGAAACACCGCUGUUGCGUGAGAGUGAAAAUGAUGGCAAUUGCGAAGCAGGGUCGCAAGGCACCGGAACCAUGCCUUCAGAAAGCAUAGACAUUGCGGACAAAGGAGCUAAUGAAAAUGAGGAACCAAGAGACAUAUUAGAAGAAGAUAAAACAAAGCAGGCGUAUCAGCUCGUUGAGGGGAGAAUUUCCCAUCUUUCGGAGUUGAUGCGAUGCUGUCGUAGAGAAGGACAGUACGAAGUGUUGGAAGAGUGUGCAAAUGCGCUUCAGAAAAUCAUCAAUCUUGUGCCUUCGAACAUUGGUUUUUUUUCAAGACGGCAAGAAAUGCAGACCACGGGAUUGGGCCCAGACCCAAGCCCAUACAAUUCGAAACCAGAACAGCAAUACUGCGAAAUCAAAGAAACAUUUUCGCUUGAUUGGACUUUGCCGAAUUAA